AUGGCGUUAUUCCUUCUUUUAGUUUUCUUCUUCUAUCCGGGUCAGGCAGAUGUUACUACCGGAAGGACAGUUGGACAGGACGGCGACUUAAGACUUGUUUUAGAGGAACUUCAGUAUCUUAGAGCAGAGGUAAAGCACAUUGAAGAUGCCUUUCGAAAGCUUGAAACAGACAAUACAAACCUGCUACAAGAAAACGCAAAAAUGAAGCAAAAGUUUGAAACAGAGAACAAACACCUGCUGCAACAAAAUACAAAAAUGAAGAAACAGAUCGAUUCUGUGCAAAGCGUAAAUGAAGUACUAAUUAAUGACUUUUACUACAUAAAGAAGGAGAACAAGGAUCUUAAGACAAAGAUAAAUGCUAUUUUUUCCAAUCAAAACCAAACGAAGAGUCUACAUAACCAUAUCAAACGUCCAAACAACAUGACACAUGAGCAGUUUGAAACAAAUCAUGUGAUGAAUAAAAGACUUCUGUUACCAAAUGUAACUCCUACCCCAGCAGCCCACAUGCUUAUUGCAUUUACAGCGAUUCUCUCAAACGAUGCCAUUCUUGGACCUUUACAAACAGUGGAAUAUGACAAAGUUUUGACCAACAUAGGACAUGGAUACGACUCCAGACACGGGCAUUUUACCGCUCCUAUUCAUGGUGUGUAUAUCAUUGCAGCCACUUCCUGUAGCUAUGACGGUAAUGUGCUUCGAACGGAAAUAGUUCACAAUGGCGUACAGUUAGUAGCUAUGUAUGGGGCCGACUGGGAUAUGGGAGGCCAUACCAUUUUUAUCGAACUAAAAAAAGACGAUAUGAUAUGGGUUAGGCAUUUAAAUGAAGGUCAACAAACUAUUCACUCCCAAGCUGGGUACCUGUAUAGUUCAUUUUCGGGUGCGUUACUUAGCAGUGUUUAAAACAAGAAGCACAUCAGAGAAUCCUGACCACAUGCUUACUAAUUAAAAAAGCUUUAUUAAACAUUUUGAAUCAUUUA